AUGCUUCUGGAAAAGAACACCUUGAAAAGAAGGAAGCAAGGGAGAGAGACAUUGCAGAGUUUAGAGGAGUAUGAUAAUGAGUUUCAUCCAAAGGGUGAGAGCUUAUCUGUUACAGAGUUAAUGUUGUAAGAUCAUUUAUGAAAGCAGGAGUUCCAUUAAAUAAGAUUGACUGCUUUCGGGAGUUACUAGAAGAGGAAGAAUUUUCUCUGACUUUGAGUAGACAUCUUUCAAACUUUAUAGAUGUUAUUGCCAAAGAUGAAAGGAAGAAAGUAAAAGAAGAAAUUGAAGAAAGGGAUGUGAGUAUCAUUUUUGAUGGGACAACUCGUGUUGCCGAGGCCCUGAAUAUUAUUUUGUGAUUUGUUACUGAAUGGAAAGUUCACCAGCGAUUGAUUCGGCUUCUUCUAGUUACAAAACCUAUGAAUGGGGAGGAGUUAGCACACCAACUACUAAGUUCUCUGUCUGUAGACUUUUCCAUUCCACCUAGCUCUCUACUUGCUGCUGCAAGGGAUCGUGCAUCUAUCAAUAAUGUAGCAAUAAGGCAUCUGAAGAUCUUGUACCCAAACCUGGUGGACAUUGGCUGUUUCAGUCAUACUCUUGAUCAUGUUGGUGAAAAGAUGGCUACACCAAAUCUUGAGAAGUUCAUGAAGUCAGCCUUUUUGUACAAAGUGCCCGCUUAAGAAAUGCUUUCAAAGCAACAAUGGACAGGUCCCUAAGUUCUACUCAGAGACCAGAUGGUGGUCCAAGUAUGAGAUGAUGGUGCAAGUGCAUGACCUCUUUGGUGAUAUACCAGCCUUUGUCAAUGGAGGUCAGAUACCAGAAGUGACUGCACAUAAACCGCAGGAUAUAUUGAAUGGCCAACAGAAGCUGGCCUUACUCAAAGUCGAGCUGGCAAUUACAGUCGAUGCCAUGAAGCCAUUUGUUCAGUCUACAUAUCAGCUUGAAGGUGAUGGCUCUCUAUACUUGCAAGCAUAUCAGAUAGUAAGAAAGUUGGAGGCAGAGAUGAGAAAUCUACACUUCCCAAACUGCAGUGCUGUUAUAAGAAACAUUGCUAAUGGAAACAUUGCUCUUCAGCGACAGUCAGAGGCCUAUGCAAUGGCCUGUAUUCAACCAGCAUAUGAUUACUUCGCAUCUAAAUUUUUGAAUAAUGGAGAUCAGUUACAGCCAGCUGUUGAAAUAUUCAAGGCUGGACGUCUGUUCAACCCAACCAAAAUUGCAGAAAUUCAGCCCACUGCUGCAAUUUUAAGUGAUCAAUUAAGGAAAGUUCCGUUCUUGAACAAUGAUGCAUGCAUUGAUGGCCUCCAAAGGGAACUACCAACUUACAUUGCUGCAGCUACUGAUGUCAAUCCAGACAUUAAUGUUCUAACCUGGUGGGAGAUUCACGAACAAGAGAUUCCAAAUUGGGCAAAAGCAUGCAAGAAAAUCUUGCUUAUCCAACCGUCAUCUGCAGCAUCGGUGAGGGUCUCCUCAUUGCUAGAAAAUUCCUUUCGGGACAACCAAGCAUGUGCUAUGGAGGACUAUAUUGAAACCUCCAUCAUGCUUCAGUAUAACCAAAGAUGA